AUGCGUCUUUUGCCCGAGCCCAGCGCGCAGUCAUUGCGGCUCGUCUUUCUUCUAAUAUUCGUCAUGGGGGUGGCACCGUCCCCUGCUCUAACCGCUGGUUGUCCAGACCGCUGCGUAUGUGAUGACCAGCUGGUGGUCCAGUGUGCCGGACAACAACUAACUGAUUUCCCUGUAGAUCUCCCACUGGCCACCCGGCAACUCAUCAUCUCCAACAACAGGAUUGGUGAUCUGCCGGCAUUGCAGCUCAACUACCUGUCGGACUUGGUAUACCUAGACUGUAGCAACAACUCCCUAACAGAGAUCUCUGAGUCCACUUUCGGUAACCUGCGUAAACUCGCCUACUUGGACCUGUCCUUCAACACGCUGACUCAAAUUGAGGACCGGACGUUUGGCCCGUUGGCUAGCCUGGUCAUGCUCAGGAUGACCGACAACCCUGGGCUAUCGGAGAUCCACCCGGACGCUUUCGCAGAGAACUUGGCGCUGCAGGUGCUAGACGUGAGUCGGAACAACCUGACGGCGCUGAAUAUCAGCUCUUUGAUCGCACUACCCGCUCUACGCUCACUAGGGCUAAGUGGAAACCCCUGGCGCUGUGACUGCGACACGGAGGACCUGUGUCUCUGGAUUCAAAUAGAAGGCUUCAAGUUUCAAGAUGAAGGGCAGACAGUAUGCCAGGGGCCCCCUGAGAUGAUAGGCCAACGGUUGGCAGAGGUUGGCAUGCAGCUGAGAUCAGAGUGCCAUCAGGGUCUGGGCUACUGGGACUACCUCUUCUUCAUUGCCAUCGGCUUUGUCAUUUUCUCCGCUGGCACUGUCUCGGCCUGGGUGAUGGGAGUUCUCAUGGUGCUUUACGAGCGCUACAGCAAGAAGAAGAGCGAAGAGCUUGACAGUGAGGAUGAGGGGGAACACGGAGGGGGCCUUGGGGGUGGUGGGGGUAACCAGGGCAAUGGGGACCUCAGCAAGCCUGGUAUGCAGGUGUGA